AUGGCACGGCUGCCUACCACUUCUUUCGCUGCUGCAAAUCCAGCGGCACAUACUGCUACCCUUGCAAUACUACUACUAGUAGUAUUGACCCGUCUUAUCGCAGUCAACGCGCAAGGACCACCACUUCCGUCAUCGCCACCACCCCCUCCCCCCCCACCCUUCAACAACAUCGCCAUCGGGAAGACCGUAUACGCAUCAUCCCAGUUUUCCAGCCAAUACGAUCCCGUCAAUGCCAUUGAUGGAAUCAUUCCUUCAGCGGGCAGCAACAGCAGCACCUUCAUCAGCGCAAGCGGUACGAGCGAAUGGCUAGCGAUCGACUUUGGUGAAGCGAUGACCAUCUCCAGUAUAGCUCUAUACCACCGCACAGACUGCUGCGCCCAUGAGGUUGUGAAUGCUGAGUUCAGGCUUGGAGGUGCCGCCGUUAUCCCAUCGGAUGCGACCAGAUACAUCAAUAAUUACCGUCUCGAUAAUGCAUCAUCCGGACCUGGCACGACUGGCGGCGUAAUCCUCCUUAACCUCAACCCGCCUAGGACCGGUCGCAUUCUUAUGGUUCGGAACAACAACUUCGACCCAAGCCCAUAUGUAAGGUUGGCGAUGGCGGAGCUGCAGGUUUACGGCAUGCCGGCAGCUUGCACGCUCCAGGUUCUGUACGGCGCUGGGUACGGUUUCGACUCCUCCACGCUGUCCACCAGUGACCAGCCCGACGAAGCGGCCUGCUGUCAGGCCUGCUACAGCAGCCCCACCUGCCGCUACUGGGACUAUGUUCGCAGUAGCCGUGUGUGCCGCCUCAAGACCGACCAAGGGCAGUCAGGGCAGCUCAUCCCUGGAUUCUUCUACCCACAUAAAGACCGAGUAGCGGGCGCGAAGAGGGGCCCCCAGGGCCCCAACGCCGCCAUCGCCCCACCCUCCCUAUCCCCCAUCACCCAAGCCCCACAAUCCGCCACCGCCGCCAAUAUCCCAGCCCUCCAGCCCGCCACGGCCACCAUCAUCGCCACCACCCCAUCCACCAAGCUCGCCAGCAUCGCCGCACUCACCCUAUCCCCCAUCGCCCCAGCCACCCAAACCAAUAUUGCUGUAGGCAAGAUGUCCUUCGCUUCUUCCAUCGCUGAUGAUGACAUCAGGCGUUAUGGCCCUCAGAACGCCGCGGACGGAUUCAUCAGCAGCACCGGGGUUGGCAUCUUCCGCAGUGGCGGUGGCAGUAGUGACCUAAACCCUUGGCUGUCCAUUGACCUGGAGGGGCUGUUCGCAAUCAGCCGGAUCGUGCUGUACAACCGGCGGGACUGCUGCGGCGAACAGCUCGUGAACGCCGAAAUCCGUGUGGGUGGCGCACUGGUUAGCAACAGCCUCACUGCGGCGCAGAUCAACCUUAACCAGCUUGUACGACGGGUGGCCGGGGCCAGCACCAGUGGCGCAAUCAUAACCGUCGAGCUGAGGCCCCCAGUCACAGGCCGCUACAUCACCCUUCAGAAUUUUGGAAAUAAUGCUACUGUGCGGGCGGCCAGCUUGCAAGUGGCGGAGCUGCAGUCACAAAGCCUGCAGCAGCACGGUGCUGGGUACGGCAACAGCGCCCUCGUACUAGCCACCAGCACUCAGCCUGACGCGGGUGCUUGCUGCCAGGCCUGCUUCUCCCGGGUCGAUUGCAUCCACUGGGACUACACACCUAGCAGCCAUACAUGCCACCUUAGGCCGGACAGCGGGCCCCGUCUUGACAUACAGAUGGAUGGCGACCGAGUCACAGGCUCUCGUAACGCCUUCAUGCCGUUCGGUCAACGGGUCAUUGCGUCCGCCUGGCAGUCAACCACCUUCUACCGGACCUUCUGGCUGUCAGCGGAGCAGCUACAGCAGCAGCAGGCUGCCCUUGGAGGUGUUGUGACAACGCCCGUUCUCAACCUCACCAUCAUUGCGGAUGACCUUGCGACUGUCUUCGUGAACGGUCAAGAAGUCGGCCGUACAGCCGUGUUUCCAGAACGUUCUGUCCUGCAGGUCUCGAAUCUGCGGCCUGGCCCCAACCUGGUUGUGUUGCACUGCAACAGCAUGGGGGGACUGCCCGUGGUGGCGGCCUCCCUGGCCUUUGGGGGGCCUGACGGCUCCAUGCUACUGCAGACGGAUCACACUUGGAACUGGCUGUAG